GUGGUCAGCUUCUAUUCUCUUGUAAACCCUUGUUAAUUAAGAACCUAUUGAGAUGGAAAAAACUAGAAAAAGUAGUCAAUCAACCAUGUCAAGAAUUGUAGAUAAUUCAGUGGAACAUGAAUUGGGUUGUGGUCUAAUAGGUGCUUUUUUCCCAAGAAGAAAUAUUAACCGAAAUAAAUCAACAGUACCACCAAUUCCAACCAAGUCCAGAUACACCAAUGUUGUCAAGAAUUCAAGAAGAUGUCAUGACAGCUCUUAUCCGAAGAACUCGAAUAAAGCAUCAUUCAACCUUUCUAGUGUAAAUAAAAUGUCACAAGUUGUGAACUUGGCAUACACACAAAAGCUUAGAAGAGAACCAACUUUCACCUCAAGUGAUUUGAGCAUGACAAUCUUUAGUCAUAGAAAAUCCAGGCCAAAUAUACCGUUGAAUCACGGUUCAACAGGCAAUAUUACGCAAUUAGGCCACCUGGGAAAUUUGAACAAAAGUUCCUCUAGGGACAAAAAGACUAGUACUGUAAGAAGCCAUCAAUCCGGCAGUUUUUUUCGUGGUUCUGCAAACAAAUUAGAUCCUGAUGUACUCAAGACCAUAGGCAAUGAGAAGUAUAGACGGGGAAAAUUUGAGGAGGCAUUGGCUUUAUACAAUCAAGCAAUUGCAAUUGAUUCAAGAAAUGCUUGUUAUUAUAGCAACAAAAGUGCAGCUUUGAUGAGUUUAGGCCGCCUGAUUGAGGCAGUUGUCGCGUGCAGAGAGGCCAUCCAGCUAUACCCUUCUUAUCACAAUGCACAUUGUCGUCUUGCAAGAUUAUACCUCAGACUGGGAGAUGCAGAGAAAGCGAUAGAUCAUUAUAAACAAUCAGGACGAAAAGUUGACAAGAAGGAUAUUUCCGAGGCACAUGAUCUUAAGAGACAAAUCAUAAAAUGCACAGAAGCAAAAAAGCUGAGGGAUUACAACACAUUGCUCAAGGAAACAAAAAAUUCAAUCUCCUUAGGAGCAGAUUCAGCUCCACAGGUCUUUGCCAUGAGGGCUGAAGCAUUGAUGAAGUUACAUAGACAUGAUGAAGCAUACACAACAAUUCAGAAUGGACCUGAUUUUAAAACCGAGCUAUAUGCUAGCCUUUUCGGUUCAGCAAAAACAGCUUAUUUUUUAAUCACACGAGCUGAGGCCUAUGCAACAGUUGGGAGGUUCACUGAUGCCAUAGCUGCAGCUCAAGAAGCAGCAAAAUUAGAUCAAAGUAAUGAAGUAAUUAACACAAUUCUAAGGAGAAUUAAACGGUUGGGAUCAGCUCGGUUAAAGGGAAACGAGCUUUUCAGAGAAAAUAAAUUCUCAGAGGCUUUUUCUGUAUACACUGAAGGGCUAGAACAAGAGCCAUACAAUUCUGUUCUGUUAUUUAACAGAGCAGCGUGUCGAUUCAAGCUAAGACAAUUCGAAAAAGCAGUGGAGGAUUGUACUGCAGCUCUUCUAUUGCGUCCUUCAUAUACAAAAGCCAGAUUGCGAAGAGCUGAUUACAACAUAAAGUUGGAAAGAUGGAAGCUAGCUAUUCAAGAUUGUGAAGUGUUGAUUCAAGAAAAUCCAGAGGAUGAUGAAGUAAAUAGAGUGUUCUCAGAGGCAAAAGUUCAGCUACAAAAGCAGCUAGAGGAGGACCAUAACCAAAGAAAUUAACUUGUCUUUCAUAUUAAUUUACAUUUUUCCAUUUCUUUUAUCAAAUAUCAACGUUUUUUUAUAUCAUGAAUAUGACAUUUAAUUUUCCAAAGUAUAUGCAAGAGUUUGUACAGACAAAUGUAGUUUGGAUUAUA